GCUAUUGCUAUGGUAGUGUUCUCAUGAGUGAGAGGGCUUUGGUUUGUUUUGAAGAAUCAUCCGUCAUUGGAAGGGAAAGAUGACAAGAUGAACAACGUUCAGCGCUUGCUUGGUGAGUUGAAGGGUUCGGUGGAGGGUAUGGAAAUACGACUGGAGAUAGACGGGCAGGGGUGGCGGGGGCGUUUGGAUGGAUUGGAGAAGGUACUUGAAAACAUGAGGGAAGAAGCAGAUGAUGAGAUUAUAGCUGCCAAGCACAGUCUUCGGAAUGAAAUGAAGGUAAAGCUGGGCGAUCUCAUGGCGGAGAUGGAGAAAAUCCGACGUCAAGAGAGAAAUGAGGUAGAAGUUAUGAUGGAGGAAAGGAUUGAAAAGCAGCUCCAGUCACAUAGAGAUACCAAAAGCUCUGUUGAGACGGGCGAUGAGGUUCGUCUUUUGUGGGCUGAAGUGGAAGCUCUUGUGAAGAGUAGAGAGGAGAUGCAACGUCAUGUGGAGCAUCUUACAUCUAUAGCUCAAAAAGCGCAGGAGCACGCCGAUCGAGAGCAUGACAUGCUUAAGACAGAGAAUGAAUACCUUCGCCAACAGUUGCAAUCUCUCAAAAAUGACGGUGCUCAGAUUAGGUUGGAAACUGAGGACUUCCGAGUAGAGCGAGAAGACUUAAGACUAGCAGUGGAUAUGCUGAGGAGAGAGGGAUCUGACGUGAAAUUAGAGAUUCAGAGUCGUAAACAAGUGGAGAAGCUUAUUGAGGUGGAGUUGGGGAAUAUACGAUCAGAAUUAGCAAAGUUGCAAGAGGAAAUAAAAGAUAUGGAGCGACAGAAGGGGGCGUCGCAAAUAGAAGGUGGUCGGGAGCGUGUAUUGAUUAUGGAGAGAGUAGAGAGUUUGUCACAGCUUUACUUGGGUGGCUUGGAGGGACUCAGAGCAGAUUUUUGUGACGUGAAAUUCAACUGUCGAGAUCGAAUUCAGGAAUUUGAAAACAAAUGGAAAGAAUUUCAAAAACAUCAACCAGAAGAGUCCACCUUCGCAACUAAACAGAUGCUUGUGGAUGAGCUGGAUCACUUCCGAGGCGAGAUAGCAGAGAUGGUAGAGGUUGAGCGCGGUAUUCUGCGACACACCCUUGACCGGGAGAGUGAUUCAGUGCAUCGCCAAGUCAAGGAGUUGCUCUUUAACAGCAAGGGUGACUUCGUGAGUGUCCUAAAGCUUGACGUUCAGAAGUGGUUGCAGGGUCACCAUGAGAAAGUCUUCGUGAUGACUGAAUCUCUGAAGCAAGAUCUCGAUAACUUGAAAAACAAACUCUGUCGAACGCAGGAAGGAGCUGAGGAUCUUAUUCAGAUAAUUUCAGCAGCUGAGGUCCAGAGGGAUUUGUCUGCUGCUGCUGCUGCUGAUGCCUCCUUAUCCGCAAAAAAGGCCAGUGAAUCUUUGAUGGACGUGACUACAAACAUAAACAGCGAGAUGACUACUGCUCAUCACAGAAUUAAGCAAUUUCAGGAGAAUUUGACAGUUGAAUACAACGUUGUGGUCUCUGCAAUGAGAGAAGCUCAAAAUUUGAGUAAGGAAUUGCAGAGAGAAAAAGAAGCUGCUCUUGAGGGGGUCCAAGAAGCACGACAAAGGCAGAAGGAAUUGCAAGACUUCUUGGAAAAAGAGGGUUCCAAAUUAUUGAUUACCUUGACGGAGGUCCAGAAAGAGCGUGACACCGCAUCGCAAGCUGCUUUAGAGGCAACAUCCUCGGCCACGAAGGCAGCAGAGGUUUUGGCUCAAAUAAUGGAUUCUUACAACUUGGAAAUGGCGAAGGCACGAGUCAUGAGCAUAGAACUUCAGACGGAGGAGUCAAUCAGUGGUCUUGCGGCUAUGGUGAAGGAGCUUCAAGAGUAUAGAAACUAUUAUAGCGAAGAGAAGAAAAGGCGUAUGGUUCUCAAGCAGCAAGAGAACAAGCGGAAGGAGCAACAAUGGAACGGCGAAAUAAGCGAGAUCAAUCAGGUGGUUCGAGUUGUAGAGAAGAGAGUGCUCGAAGUUUGUGGAGAUCACACAGAAAUAAGGAAAAGGCUUAAGAAAUGUGAAGGAGCCCAAAUGGACUUGGUUCACACUGUAGAGGAGGUGAGUUCAACCACGAAUGAGCUUGCGAAAACCGUCAGUGGUUGGCUACCAAAAUACGAAUCUGCAGCUCGCAUGGUAAACAACCUUUCUUGCAAAGUGGAGCUCGCAGAAGAAAAGCUCGAAGGCCUCACUGAUGGCCAAAGCCUAGCAGAGCACAUCUCCCGGGUUGCCGAAACGAAAGUACAAGGUUUGAAAGAGGUUGUGUUAUCCAGUGCAGCCAUAAAGGAUAUUGGCCAAGACCUUCGGGACCUUCAUGAGCAUGUAGAGAGCAGUGACCGCGACCACUGUCAGGCAAUCGGGGAGGUUGCAAUGCGCGUGACUGUGCUAGAACGUACCAUAAGCCAUGGACCAGCUGGUCAGCCUAGCCCUAGAUUGUCUUUGAAGGUGGAAUACGUAGACAAUGCUGAAGCCCGAAAGCCAGGAAUGGGGUCGCUAUGCCAAAACGUCGAGGCACUGGAGAGGAAAGCGGAAUUCAUGACGGAGCACACUGGAACUUCAGUCGGUGGUCAUGAGCUUGCAACCGAUUCUCGUCUUCUUGGACUGGAGAGCCGUAUUGAACAUGUUGCAUCAGCAACAUUUACAAAUCUCCGUCUACUGGAUAGCAAGGUAGAUCGUGUAUCAUUAGGCAUGCAAUCUGCUGUUGAGGGGGCUGCUCUGGCGGAGAGCAAGUGCGGAGCUUUGGGCGCGGAGCUUGUCAAAGUAUUCCGUAUGCUAACAGCAUGCAAGAACCCGACCUACAGCGGCAGCUUAGCAAACCGGCAAAAGUCAAACAUUAAAACCCGACGUGGACGAAGCCUCUCACCUCCCGCUCUAAGCCCCAACCCCCAGCUUGACAGUCGAAGCCAAUCACCUCGGAUUCGAUCCAACGACAGAAGGUGCAACAACAAAGCUCUUUUCUCUCCGACUAGACGACCCCGUGUUUCCGUCCCUUCAAACCGGCUAAAAGGUGGAGCUGGACAAAAGAGAGCAGCCAUGUAUCGUAAUAUAACUCAGAAUGAGAAAGCCGACAUGAGGAAAACCAUCGUGGGCUCAGAUUCUGGAAAAAUGACUACAGUGGACCAAGUCGAAGGCCACAGCACGUGCUCCGGAGCAUCCGAGGAGGGCAGCAGCCCCAACAAGACAAUUUCUUACUACCUACGGACCUCUUUACACGACCCAUUCAUGGGUUGCAAAUUACAUACGCAGGAAUCACAGCAAGCUGUGCACGAUAGGCCAGAGUCACAGGCAAGCGAGAAUCCUUUCCAGCUCAAACCUCGUUCCCCUUUGGAGGAACGGCCUGGCAGCGGGGACAAACCUGGAAAGCCGAACUCAGCGCUUCGCCUUGGAACAGCCCGUAUGCACGUAAAUGUCACCCAUCGAUCACCAGCUGUGAGCCAAUCCCAGAAACGCGAGAAUUUAAUCGCCGUGCAGUCGUGAAGUAUCUCCACCGAUGUUCACGAGUACCAACAGCCUCGGCACUUCCAGUUCGACCACAUCGAUCGGUUCUGCGGAGAUUUUCGGAGAUUCAGAUAAAAUCGUGCAAAUGAGUAACUUAGGUGCACACGCUCAACCGGAGGUCCUAGAAACGAUCACAUGUUCUCAAAUCCAAGAAAUUCAAUCUUUAAAAACCAGGUCCAGGAUUCCAGGAAAGGUCUCGCCCUUGGUGUUUGUUGGCCGACGUGUCGGUAGAAAAUACGUCGAUGUGUGGAAAAUCGCUCAUCCGUUAACCCUUUUCAGAUCCCGAGGAUUUAUUGUAUUGUGUAGAUGUGUUUCAAAACGCCUGUGAGUAAAAGUGAUUCGGGGAAUACAAGUUGUAGAUAACUAGCAAUAGAUUAUACCGAUAUGUUAGGAUUUAUCCACAUAGUUACCAGUUCGUGUUUAAUGGAUUGAAAAUAGGUUUUGCAGAUAUAAAUAUAGAUUGAUCAAAUUCAUAGAUAAUUCAUGGUUGUAUUCUAGUCUUUGUGAAGAUGGGCUUGAAAUAUGGCAGAUCAAACUUUUGGAGUUUUAGUAUUGAGAAACUUUUGAGAUUAUGA